UGGGAGGUGCUGAGCACCCACCUGUGACCCAUGGCCGGGGAGGGCCCAGUAACGUCAGCAUGGCGGUGCCCCCGAGAGGGUGGGGCAUAGACCCCACCCAGACAAACCCUGACACGUUCCUUCCUUCAGGGGUGCGAUGGAUGGAGCCCAGUCCUGAGAAGCCUGCAGGCAACCGGCAGGAGCCCACCCUGGGAAUGGACGCGAUGGCCUCAGAACACAGGGACGUCCUCGUGCUGCUGCCCAGCCAGGAGCAGCUGCGGCUGACCGUGGGGGUGAAGGCCACUGGCCGGGAGCUUUUCCAGCAAGUGUGCAACGCGGUGAGCAUCAGAGACACCCAGUUCUUUGGCCUCUGUGUGAUCAGAAACAAUGAGUAUAUAUUUAUGGAUUUGGAGCAAAAGCUCAGCAAGUACUUCUCAAAAGACUGGAAGAAAGAAAUAUAUGAAGAAAAUGAGAAACCCGGAGCCCCUUUCGUGGCGUUCCUCCGGGUGCAGCACUACGUGGAAAACGGAAGGGUCGUAAGCGACCACAGGGCACGGCACCUGUACUACUGCCACCUGAAGGAGCGUGUGCUGAGGUCGCAGUGCACCCACCGGGAGGAGACCUACUUCCUGUUGGCCGCCUGCGCGCUGCAGGCUGACCUGGGCGACCACCGGGAGCCGGCCCACACCGGGAGGUACUUCGAGCCACACUCCUACUUCCCGCAGUGGAUCAUCACCAAGAGGGGGAUUGACUACAUCCUCCGGCACAUGCCCGCCCUGCACCGUGAGCGCCAGGGCCUGAGCCCCAAGGAGGCCGUGCUGUGCUUCAUCCAGGAGGCCUGCCGGCUGGAGGACGUACCCGUGCACUUCUUCAGGCUGCACAAGGUUGAGCCCAGGGCGGCCAGCGACAGGCCGGUCUCUGACCCCAGGCCAGGGAUGGACGGAGCCCCCAUGGCUAACACGUGGUUUUCCACCUGUGGCGUGGCACCUUCUCUCCUGUUUGUUCAGGGGAAGAAGCUGGAGAUCCAGCUGGACGGGCUGCCUGCAGCACAGAAGCUGGUUUACUACACGGGCUGCACCUGGCGCUCGAGGCACCUGCUGCACCUGCUGCGCGCCAGCCACCAGCUCCACCUCCGCGUGCGGCCCACACUGCGGCAGCUGCAGCAGCGGGAGGAGGCAGAAGAGAAGCAGCGCUACCGGGAGUCCUACAUCAGCGAUGGGCUGGAGCUGGACCCGGACAGCAGGGGCUCCCCGGGCAGCGGGGUCAGCAGCCAGCACUGCCCUCACCGCCUGUCACGCCACUCCACCGACAGCCAUGGCAGCUCCCACACGUCAGGCAUCGAGGCCGACUCCUGGCUCAGGGAAUCCAGAGAGAUGUCUGUGGACACACCCUUGGAGGUCCAGGGGCUCCAUGAGAAGGAGCCGUCCUCCAGCCUCAGGACCAGCCGCAGCCACCCCAGCAUAUGUGGUGACAGCCAAGCCAUUCGCCAGGAACCCUGCGCCGAGGUCAGGACCAGAGGCCAGAGCACCGAGGCUGUGCACCAGAUUUGGGAAAUGAAAGCCGGGGUCAGCGAGGAGCCGCACAGCCGCAGCCUGGACGACACACGUCUGCACCAGCUGGCCCUGCACCCAGCGCCCACCUCACCCAGCCGUACCUUCCACUGUGCCCCAGACUGCGGGCUGGCAGCCCCCUGCGAGAACAGGGCCACUCUCCCCAGCAAGAGGUCCAGCAACUGCCUCACCCUGGACCUGUUCGGAGAGGCCCCACCCCCACAGGAGUUUGUGGUGUAGGCGCCAUCCACGCAGCAGCGCUGUCUGCACCGCCAGGCUCAGCCCCCGCCCACCACACUGCCACGUGGCCCUCGGCCCUUCCUGCCCGCCGGACGCUGCCCACACCUCCGCAGCCAGCACGCUC